GUGAAAAUGCUGGGGGGGUUGGGACUGAGGGAGGAGGCUGGCAGGACCCUGACUCUGAGACUCUGCCCUCAGAAGGUGAAACUCCUGAGGACAAAUGCCAGACUGAGGUCUACUUCUCUCAAUGCCACCGUGGCUGUACCCAAAGAGGGUGGAAGGGGGGAGGACAGGGCUGAAGCUCAAGUAUUACGGUGUGCGUGCUUAGCAGACCUAAGGCUUGAUUCCCAGCAGAGAAGGAAAGAAGGAUAGAAAAAGAGAAGGAAGCAAAGAAAGGUGGGUGGAAAGGUAACACUGGAAGAGGUGGGGCCAUUUGGAGGAGUACCACUACCCAUUCCAAAACCAAAGCAAGACCGCCAUCAUCAGAGACGCUUUCUCCUGUAGCAGGUGGGAACCAAUACAGAGACCCACAGACAGACAUUGUGAGAGACCUUGGAACACUCAGCCUAAUGGGAUGUCUCCACCAAAUCCCUCCUCUUGGGGCUCGGGAACCCCAUGGAAGAGGAUGCAGACAGAGUGGGAAGGACACCAAGAAAUGCUCCUCUAAAUCAACAUUAGCAAAGCUCAUAUGAAUUCACAGAGACCAAGUCAGCAUGCGCAGGGAUACACGAGUCUGUACCAGGUCCUCUGCGUGUAAAUUAUGGCUUCCAGUCUACUGGCAUUGUGUGCAACAAGUAAGCCUCUCGUUCUUAUUCCCUUUCUUGGGCUCUUUUCCUUGUGUUUGGUUUGUCCGAUUCCAAAUGUGUUAUUUUUUCGUUAUAUCAUAUCACAUCAUAUCAUAUCAUCAUAUUCCCCUAGAACUCGUUUGUUUUCUAAUGAGAGUCAGAGCGGGAGUGGAGCCAGGUGGGAGGGGAGGUGGGGAGGAGCUGGGAGGAGUAGAGGGAAGGGAAACUACAAUCAGGAUAUAGUAUGUGAGACCAAAAUAGAUUUUCAAUAAAAGGAAAAAAUUUUUACAGAAAGAAAAUUAAAAGAAGAGCAAGGCUUGGGCCCCCUCUGAGCAGCUUGGCUUUCCAGCGCUGACAUCGUGAGCGGUCUGGAUGGUUGGCAUUCCAGAAGCCCAGUCUACUUUCCCUCCUAGCAGCUGGGACUACAAAUGACCAUACUGCAAACACACUGUGUUUCCAUAGUAGCUUCUGCCUCCUUCCCCAUUGUGCCAACAGUACUGUUUUGCAUGGUGAGCACCCACAGCCUUCCUUGUUUUCUCUGUUCAUCGGAGACAGGGAAACACCACACAUCAUUCUGUCGGCAACUGGCCCUGCAUAUUCCAGAGGAAAAGGCUGAGGAUUGCUGUAGGAACGAGGGACAGGGGAGACCCGAUUCCUGGAGUUUGUUUUCAAAGGUGCCAGGAAGAAGGUAUGCUGGCAUGAGUAGAGAUUAACACUAUUGGUUUCAGACCCAAACUGUUGAAAAUCUCUUGUCUUCCAAAUUUUCAUAAUGAUAGGCAAAGCCCUGUGUCUUCUACACCUACACCCCAGCCUCUCCUUCCUGGCCUCUGACUCCAGCCAUGUCUACCUUAAGACCUUUGCAGAUGCUCUCUCCCCCACCUCGCCCUCCUAAAGUGUGGCUCUCUCCCUGGGCAGUAUCUUCAGCUUUGGCUUAGCUGACCUGCAGAAGUCCCCUCGUCUGCUCCCCCCUCCCAAUUGUCAUCAUUUCUUUCUUUCUUGGUGGUAUUGUGGAUGGAUUCUGGUAUCGUCCAUGCUAGGCGAGCACUCUAUCCCAAGCCACGUCCCCACCCCCAGGUUUUUAAUAGGUGUGAAAUUUUCUCAUUCACACAGCAUUAAUCCUCCAACCCUCAGCUAGGGCAUGUGCUCCUCCUGGGUGGGAUUUCUCUCUUGUCUCUGCUUUGUUUCUAUUACACAGAAUGUCACCUGUCACUUCGCAAGCAUUGUUGAAGGUUCCUGAACAGCUCAUGAAGACAAAGGCUUUUGUGAUUCUGAGAGAAUACUCUGCUAGGCUUAUCUCUUUUCUGUGGUAGUGACAAAAACCCUGCCUUUCUACCUGUGUUUCACUUAGAUUAAUGUAAAUAAUGAAGAAGGAGAAGAAGAAGAAGAAGAAGAAGAAGAAGAAGAAGAAGAAGAAGAAGAAGAAGAAGAAGAAGAAGAAGAACAACAACAACAACAACAACAACAACAAGAACAAGAACAACAAGAAGAAGAAGAACAAGAACAAGAAGAACAAGAAGAACAAGAAGAAGAAGAAGAAGAAGAAGAAGAACAAGAACAAGAAGAAGAAGAAGAAGAAGAAGAAGAAGAACAAGAAGAAGAAGAAGAAGAACAAGAAGAAGAAGAACAAGAAGAACAAGAAGAACAAGAAGAACAAGAAGAAGAACAAGAAGAACAAGAAGAAGAACAAGAAGAACAAGAAGAAGAACAAGAAGAACAAGAAGAAGAAGAAGAAGAACAAGAAGAAGAAGAAGAAGAAGAAGAAGAAGAAGAGGAAGAGGAAGAGGAAGAGGAAGAAGAAGAGGAAGAAGAAGAAGAAGAAGAGGAAGAAGAAGAGGAGGAGGAAGAAGAGGAAGAGGAAGAGGAAGAAGAAGAGGAAGAAGAGGAAGAAGAAGAGGAAGAAGAAGAGGAGGAGGAAGAAGAGGAAGAGGAAGAGGAAGAAGAAGAAGAAGAAGAAGAAGAAGAAGAAGAAGAAGAAGAAGAAGAAGAAGAAGAAGAAGAAGAAGAAGAAGAAGAAGAAGAAGAAGAAGACGACGACUAGUUUUGUAGAAAGACUGACAGGUCAUUUUUGGAGUGAGAGGAAUUUGGCCUCGUAAAAUCUGCUCCCUUAAAAAGGGACUCAUCUACCUUCCCCUUGUGCUGUUUUAACCGAACUCCCAAGAAUAUCGCUGUGACUGCAUUUGCAAGACCACCCAGUGGCAGGGGUGUGACGUCACUCUCUGACAUAGAACCGGAACUCACUUGAAAACUGGGAACUCAACGAGGUAGACUUUCACAGUGUUUGCGCUCCACCCACAACCCUAAGGGCUGGAGACCUAACUCCAGAUAAAGACAAGCGCUCUGCCACCAAAGUCACACACCCAGCUCUGGUAAGUAAACUGUUGAAACCUCAUA